UGUCUCAUUUCACUGCCACGAGAGGCAAGGUCUUAGUCACACCGUGCUGUGGAGCUCAUGUCUAUUGUUUCUGGGCUGCUAUAAAAGCAGGUGAAAGGCACUUGGUGUCAUUGCAACUGGGAGGUUGUGACAGGACUGGGCAGGAGACACGUCUGUGCAGGGCAGAACUUCCCUGUGGGCUCUGCAGGAUCACCAGUAAGUAGCUAAUGUUACUUUUGGAACUGGAAGAUGCUUUUUAAUUCAUACAUAGCUUACAAUAGGAAAGUAUCUCUUACCUACUGUGUAUCAGCAGGAGUUGUACCUUAGCAUAACCUAAAAUAUCACCCACACACAUCUAUGUGUAUAUUUAUGUGUAUAUAUCUGUAUUUAAUACAGCUAUCUUUACUCAGAACUUAUAUCCAUUUGUUACUUUAUAUAUAUCUAGUUUAAUGUGAACAUACUGUCCAAGGAAGUGACAAAUUAGUGGAGUAAAUGUAUAAGAACAAGCCAAAUUUUUGCACCCAGGUGCUUAAUUUGCCUUUCUGUGCAGUCAUUGAGAAUUCAGCAUUCAAGCUAAUGUAAAGAAAAGCCAUUUGAGGAGCAAUGCUGGUCUUUGUGUUAAAUUUCUGCCAAGUUUUUUAUCUUGCCAGUUCUAAAUGAAAUCUCCUUUGCUUGCAACUGGACAAGAGUGGGAAACUGAAAGGCAGUACUGGAAAAGGAGAAUUAGGACUGUUAGCAAGGAAAUGAGAACUAUACUGUGAAAUCUGCUCGUUUUUCACUGAUUUGUGUUACAUAUCCACACAUCCGAUGCUCUGGGAGCUCCUGGGGUGAUGUACCGCAGUACAGCGCUCCCCUUCUACCAGUGCUUCAAGGCUGGACUUCAUUUUGUCAGGUGAAAGAAAGACUAGAAAAUAAAAGAUUUGGAUCAUACUGUCAGCUUCUUGUCCCGUGGAGCAGGUUUGAAGAAGAGAGAAGGAAGAUGUUCCUGCCCCAGAGAUCUCUGCAGGUGGUUACACUGCUGGCAGUUCUUUCUUGUUUUGCAACAUGUCAAGACACUGCAAAUAAACGAGCAGUGACCGAGCACCAGCUCAUGCAUGACAAAGGGAAGGAGUUUCAAGGGCUGAAGCGCCUGAUGUGGCUCCACAAUGCCCUGGGCAGUGUGCACACAGCCAGCAGCAGGGAUAUUUCCCUUUCAAAUGCCAUGUGGGAUUCACCGAAGAGCCAAGAUCCCUCAGAUCUCUACAACAGCAUCAACAGGGACAAGACUUCAAGCCUGAUGAAGCAGCUGCUGGAGCUGAUGGAAAAAGAGCAGGGCUUCCCCCCGUUAAAGCAGCUGGAUUUGCUGCAGUCUAUGAAGAGCCCAAAGGGUAACUGGAACCUGCAAGAGCUUUCUGGCCUCCUUCCAGUCAAAGAGCUAGGCGGCAGGAGAGAUCCUGGCAGCCAGGCACAGAACUAUUCCCACUAGGCUCAACCCUCAGUCCCUCCAUCCCUUCAGACGUGUGAUGGUGUAGGGAAAAGCUCUGUUGUAAAGGUGAAUUGCAGAAGAGAAAUAACACCCAUGUGUUCCCCUAAGGACCCCUUGCUGUUGAGCAAAGACCCUCACAACCACUGAGGUUCCCUCCCUCGCAGGCUGUCCAAGCACUGGGACUGGGAUGGGUUGUCAUGGACCAGAAAUGUCUCCUUCAUGGCAGGGUCCUUCCCGGUUCCUGUGGCUGCUCUCUGGAGCUCUCGCAGCCCCCACACAGCAGGAUGUUGGGGUCAUUCAGCUGCGUGUUCACCAGCUCUCUUGCAGUCUGAUGUUCAGAGCCCUGAAGCAGCAGUUGCCUCCUCACAUGGACCCUAUUUCACUGCCCUGCUCUGCAGUAAUAACAACUUUUUUUAUACUUUAGGUCCAAAGUUGUUUCUCCCCCUUCUUCUUCAGAAUGUAGAAAGUUUUAAGCCU